AUGGAAUCGUUUUCGUUUGGUGUUGGACUUACUAAAAUCAUAUGCAAGUAUUCUGGAACAUUAAAGAAGUUUCUUGGGAAAUCUACUUGUUCUUCAGAUGGUAAUAUGAAGGUCAUCUUCAAUGAUUUCCCUCGUGGAGUUGAAUGUUUUGAGCUUGUAUCAAUUUGCUACAGCAACUGUCAGUUCACUGUGGUACCUUCGAAUAUAGUCUUGAUCCAUUAUACUGCUAAGUUUAUGGAAGUCACUAGUGUCUUGAAACAGAGUGAGAAGUGUAUGAAAGAGAUUAGGUAUUGGGCUUAGCCAAAGGUUUUUCUUGGUCUAAAACAGUGUCAGCAACUUGAAAUAUCCUCUGAAACUGAUUCUUUAGCCGAACUAAUGGAUGCGCUUGUGGAGAAACUUGAACUGAGUCCCUCUAGUGCUGCUUCUGCUUGUUCACCUUCACCAGAUAGCAGCUUGCUUCGGUUUUCUUGUGACAGUAAAAUCACAGAGAGUUUCAAGAAUGGGUCUUCACGGAUACCAUGGUGGUUCAGUGAGGUUCUUGUUUUAUGUCCUAGUUUGGUUGCAAUGUUCUUGAAGCUGAUGAUAGCGCGAAAAUUCGAUAAUCUUACCAUAAGCAGGUUCUUAUUCUAUUACCAGAAGGUCAAGCUCUGUUCGGAGUCUUGUAAUGAGAAAAGAGAGAUUCUUGAAACCAUCAUCCAUACUCUUUACGUGUUAGAUCGAAGCUGUGUUCGUCACAAGAGCCUCUUCGGUGUUUUGAGGCUUGCUCUUGCAUUGAACAUAAAAAAAAGUCUUAUGAACAAGCUGGAGCUUAUGAUUGGUCAGCAACUGGAUCAAGCAACACUUGACAAUCUUCUUGUUCCGUCUCCAUUGAAGUCUAGUCACUUGUACCACGUGAAUUUUGUUCAUAGAUUCGGAAAAGCUUUCCUCAGCGAGGCAAAGAGAGGAUGACAACGGAAGAAGGUGGCAAGCUUAGUUGAUCAGUACAUAGCUGAAGUAGCACCUGAUCCUUUCUUGAAACCUUCAAAGGUUCUAUCUCUCCUCACUCUCAUUCCAGAUUCAGCAAGAGAGACUCAUGAAGAUAUCUACGAUAUGUAUCUUGAGGUAAAUUUCAAGAAUCAUCUCAAAAAUACAAAAAUGUAGAAAUAAGUUUUAUGAUCAUUUUCUUUGGCUCGUUCAGGCUCACGCUGGAU